AUGACCACUACCCCUGGCUUAGGGGAAUGGAAACCCUUUGGGAAUGGACUCGGUCGAGCUAGGCAAACUCGACCGAUUGGUCAAGGAGAUGCUCCAAACCGCCACCAACAGAGACAAGGGAUUGUUCCACCACCAGUGCAGAACCACAACUUUGAGAUCAAGCUGGGAAUGAUCAACCUUGUCCAGAACAAGAUGUUCCAUGGAUUGCCAAGUGAAGACCCCAUUGACCACCUUGAUGAGUUUGAUAGGCUUUGUGAUUUGACAAAGAUCAAUGGUGUCUCUGAAGAUGCCAUCAAGCUGAGACUCUUUCCUAUGUCUCUAGCUGACAAAGCUCACCAAUGGGAGAAGAGCUUGCCCCAUGGCACAAUCACCACUUGGGAUGAAUGCAAGAAGGCCUUUCUUGCUAAGUUUUUCUCCACCGGUCGCACAGCCAAGCUUAGAGGAGAGAUAUCCAGCUUCAUCCAGCGAAACAAUGAGACAUUCGCAGAGGCUUGGGAGAGGUUCAAAGGGCUACACAAGUCAGUGCCCACACCAUGGAUUCAACAAUGA